UUUUUGAUAUUUUGGGGUUGGGUCUCCAUAAACGACUAAUCAAAAAAUUAAAAAAAAUUUUUGUCAACACUUUUCGGCAUCAAAAAAUGUUUUCUGUCAACUGCAGAAAACAUUCGACUGUCAGAAAAUUAAAUAAUUUUGGUUUUAAAAAACAGCUAACGAAUCUAAAAAUUCAGCAUAAACGAAAGAGAUUUAGCAGAAUUGAAAAAGAAAUGAAAAUGGAAGAAAAAGAACCUACAAUUAAAGAAUUGCUUGAAGAAAUGAAGGAAGAAAUGAAGAAAGAAAUGAAGGAAGAAAUGAAGAAACUUCAAACCGACUUGACCAAUAAAAUUGAUGAUGUGAAACAGCGUGUUCGCCAAUUGGGGUUCAGGGAUGAUUUGAACAAGAUUAAACGCCGCAUAAAACGCACACGCCGUCGUGUUAAAAGUCUGUCUGACCGUUUUGAUGCUUUGCAGCUUAAUCGUAAUGUGGCGAAUCAAGCUCCUGUUGUGCGUGCUCCUGUCAAUAACGAGGGAGACAAUGGUGUUGUUGAUGUUCAUUUGGACGAUGAUGAUAACCUUGGUGGACAUAAUGGUGGAGGACUCAAUUAGAAUUUGAAUUGGAAAUUUAGGAGUGAUUUUUAAAAAAUAUAU